AUGGGAGAGAAGCCGCCUGGAGAAACGCUACAGGAGUACAGGGGAGAGAAGCCGCCUGGAGAAACGCUACAGGAGUACAGGGGAGAGAAGCCGCCUGGUGGCUGGUCGGCACAGGUCGAGAAGGCAGAUUCAGCUACACAGACACACCUAACGGAUCCUGUUGGUACUACAGGGAUACCUGGAGGUGUGGGUGACAAGGUUGAAGCAGACCCGACUGUAAAGGAAGAAGACGGAAAAACUCCAAGGCAAGACUCUGGCAGUGGGAGCGAUGGAAAAGAGGUUGUUUUCGCUACAGAAGCCCCCGAGCAAGAGCGACACACAGCGGGGACAAAGGUAGCGGCAUCUGGCCGUACUGGGGACAUGGAACAGCGUGUCAUCGCUUUUGUUGUACCGGGUAGAGGGGAUAAGGACAUGCGGCCACAUGAUGUUUGUAUGGACGGUAACGGCACACUGUGGGUACUGGGGCGGGGAAAGAAAGCUGACCAUGUUGUACAGUACAGCACGGACGGGACCGCCAUGACGCGGUUUGACAUUAAGAAUAGCUCUUAUUACCGCGGCAUUGCAGUAGACAUACGCACUAACCACAUCCUGGUGACUGAUCCAGACCGCGGUGCAGUUCAGGUGUUCCGUCCGGACGGCUCCCUGGUGCGGACAGUCCGGCAUUCACGGGUUGGGAUGACACGCCCACGGUUCAUUACUGUGGACGGGGAAGGAAACUUUCUUGUGUCGGACUGGGGCAAUCACUUUGUCUACGUGUAUGACGAGUCCGGGGAGUUCCUGUUCCAGUUUGGAAGUCAUGGAAGUGGUGAAGGUCAGCUGAAGUUUCCCCGCGGUAUCUGUACAGACAGGGCAGGUAACAUCAUCGUGGCAGACCAUGGUAACGAGAGGGUUCAGAUCUUCACACGUCCCCGCGAGUUUGUCCGGACUGUCCGUACUGGGUUUUGGCCGGAAGGCCUGGCUGUGGGACCGGAAGGACAGCUGGUUGUGACCAAUGUGACCGGCACUGUUACUGUAUAUCCCAACUAUUAG